GCCUUUCUUGCUCAAGAUCAGAUCUUUUGGGAUCAUAAUAAUAAAUGUCUCUAUCCUUAAAAAUCUCCCACCUUUCAAACACUGUAGAGCUGCCUCGUGAUCAAUGCAGAGCCUUUCGAACCUUUGAAGAAUCCACCUCCAUUUGUUUCCGUUGGAGCUCCGAGCUGUACUCUUCUCCGAAACUGACAACUCGAUGCUCGGGAAUCUCCGGCGGCAGAUCGGUGCCGGAAUGGACUUAUACCGGAUCCAAAGACGAGACCUUUAGCGACUUGGAGCUCGACUGUGACGGCGGAGAUUAUGACGGUGGAAGUAACGGUGGAAAUGGAGACGGCGGAGGAGAUGAUGAUGAUGGAGAGGAGGAAGAGGAGAAGGAGUUUGGUCCGUUACUGAAAUUAGAAGAAGUGAUGAAAGAGACAGAGAGGAGAAGGAUUAUAUUACCGGAUGAUAUGUUGGAGGCGGCGAAGUCUGUUGGGAUUAGGAAACUGUUUCUUCUUCGUUAUCUCCAUCUUCAGGGAUCUGUGUGGCCGCUUGGGUUUCUGAUGAGGACAUGUUCUGUGCUACGUAACAGAAUGCUUGCAGAUCCUUCGUUUCUGUUCAAAGUUGGAACCGAGAUAGCGAUAGAUUCUUGUUGUGCAACGUUUGCGGAAGUGAAGAAGAGAGGGGAAGAGUUUUGGAGUGAGUUUGAGUUGUAUGCUGCUGAUCUUUUGGUUGGUCUUGUGGUUGAUGUUGCUUUGGUUGGGCUUUUGGCUCCUCAUGCGCGUAUCGGGAAGACAUCUGUUGCUUCAUCUACAGGUUUGUUUAAGGGUCUUAGACGUUCUUGUGCAGCUCUUCCUAGCAGUGUUUUUGAAGCUGAAAGACCGGGUUGUAAAUUCUCGGUUAACCAGCGUAUUGCAACUUUCUUCUACAAGGGGCUAUUGUAUGGUUCGGUUGGAUUUGGCUGCGGUCUCAUCGGCCAGGGAAUUGCAAAUCUGAUCAUGACGGCAAAACGGGGUAUAAAGAAAUCAGAAGAAGACAUCCCUGUUCCACCACUAUUCAAAAGUGCUGCUCUCUGGGGUGUGUUCCUUGGCUUAUCUUCCAACGCACGUUACCAAAUCAUCAACGGACUUGAACGCGUCGUGGAAGGUUCUACAGCGGUCAAACGCAUUCCUGUGGUCGCCAUGGCGUUUACGGUUGGAGUCCGGUUCGCUAACAAUGUAUAUGGCGGUAUGCAGUUUGUAGAUUGGGCUAAAUUAUCCGGCGUCCAGUAACUAAACCGGCUCGGUUUUAUACGAAGCGGUAUCCAAACCGGCGUUCAGUAGUUAAACCAGCCUUAGAGAAUGUCGUCAAGUGAUUAGGUUAUUUACCAAGAGCUAGAGAAAGAAUCUGGUUCAUGAUCUGAACCGAAUUCUUCUAACCGGACCGGUACAAGACUUUCCAAUUUCCUUACUAGUAUGCAAAUAAUAAUUUGACGUUUUGUAUCAUUAAAAUAGGAAAAACUAAAACGAUGUCACAA